UCUGAUACCUGGACUUCGGAAAAAAGACAAAAAUAUGCGUGAAUGUAUCUCUGUUCAUGUGGGCCAAGCUGGGGCUCAGAUUGGCAAUGCAUGCUGGGAGCUGUACUGCCUGGAACACGGGAUUCAGCCUGAUGGACAAAUGCCUGCUGACAAGAUCAUCGGAGAAGGAGAUGACUCCUUCAACACAUUCUUCAGUGAGACAGGAGCAGGGAAGCAUGUUCCCAGAGCCAUCUUCGUUGACCUGGAACCUACUGUCAUUGAUGAGGUGCGCACAGGAACUUAUCGUCAGCUCUUCCACCCUGAACAGCUGAUCACAGGAAAGGAGGAUGCUGCUAACAACUAUGCCCGUGGACACUACACCAUUGGAAAAGAGAUCAUUGAUCUUGUUCUUGACAGAACAAGAAAAUUGGCCGAUCAGUGCACCGGCCUGCAGGGUUUUCUCAUUUUCCACUCCUUUGGUGGAGGCACCGGCUCUGGUUUCACGUCCCUGCUGAUGGAGAGACUCUCUGUCGACUAUGGGAAGAAGUCCAAGCUUGAGUUUGCCAUCUACCCUGCUCCGCAGGUUUCCACAGCUGUAGUGGAGCCUUACAACUCCAUCCUAACUACCCACACCACCUUGGAGCACUCUGACUGUGCAUUCAUGGUGGACAAUGAAGCCAUCUAUCACAUCUGCCGCAGGAACCUUGACAUUGAGAGACCCACCUAUACCAACCUGAACAGGUUAAUUGGUCAGAUAGUCUCAUCCAUCACAGCCUCACUCCGUUUUGAUGGAGCUCUGAAUGUCGAUCUGACCGAGUUCCAAACUAACUUGGUGCCAUAUCCUCGUAUCCAUUUCCCUCUGGCCACCUAUGCUCCAGUCAUCUCUGCUGAGAAAGCCUACCACGAGCAGCUGUCUGUGGCUGAUAUCACUAACACUUGUUUUGAGCCGGCCAAUCAAAUGGUGAAAUGUGACCCUCGCCAUGGCAAAUACAUGGCCUGCUGUCUGCUGUAUCGUGGUGAUGUGGUCCCCAAAGAUGUCAACUCUGCCAUUGCAGCUAUCAAAACCAAACGCACCAUCCAGUUUGUAGACUGGUGCCCCACAGGCUUCAAGGUGGGCAUCAACUAUCAGCCUCCAACUGUGGUUCCAGGUGGAGAUCUGGCUAAGGUGCAAAGAGCAGUGUGCAUGCUGAGCAACACCACGGCCAUAGCUGAGGCCUGGGCUCGACUGGACCACAAGUUUGAUCUCAUGUAUGCCAAGAGAGCCUUCGUACACUGGUAUGUUGGUGAGGGCAUGGAGGAAGGAGAGUUCUCAGAGGCAAGAGAAGAUUUGGCAGCUUUGGAGAAAGAUUAUGAAGAAGUUGGCACUGACAAUGUUGAGGAUGAUGAUGGGGAAGAAUAUUGAAUUUAAAAGAAAAAAGCAGGAAUUAAAGUUAAACAGAUUUCCAGCAGGCGCUAAAAUCAAUUGUUGAAUUUUUUACUUUUUACUCUUUUUUUCCUUUUAUAGUUAGCAAAUGUAAUACUGGACAAUGGUACUAAGAGUUACAUCUAUAUAGCAAAUUAAGUAAUUUGAAUGUAUGUGUAGAUUUUGGCAACAUGGUGAGCAAAGUGAGGCAUAUUUUCUAGACUGAUAGAAGCACACAGCACCUUUCUAAUACUAAUUUUGGAACGGUUGAGGGAAUUUGAAGUUGGUGUAGAGGGUUUUGAUGUCCUUUUGCAGUGAAAACCAAUAAACGCUUUAAGUUCUUUCCUCCCCUGUAUUUGGUCAAGCAGACCACGUGCUCUCUUCUACGCACCUCCCCCCCAGUAUCCUCUCCCAUGAGGAAUGCAAGUUAUGAAGAGUCUCUUGUGUCAGUCUGUGAACAACACUUGGUUGUGACUCUUUUCUGUGAGAGCGAGAGAAUAUAAUUGACAAAGCCAUUGCCUAGUGUUGUUUGUAAAGCCCCUACGCAGACUUUGGCCUGCAG